UGUAUAAUCAGACAAGAUGGCCGCGUCCAUGAGAGUGCUGGUCCGGAGAGCGAUUCGUCUUUGUGACAGAAACAUCACCUUCACCGCUGGAGUGUGUUCGCGGCCGGGCUGCCGCUGGGCUCCGCCGGCCUGCCGAGGUUUUACCGAUGCGGCCGAAGACAGAAGUACACACUUCGGCUUCGAGACGGUGCCCGAGGCGGAGAAGGCGAAGAAAGUGUAUAAGGUGUUUGAGAAUGUGGCUCAGAAGUACGACGUCAUGAAUGACGCCAUGAGUCUGGGGAUUCAUCGACUGUGGAAGGACACGCUGCUGCACGUCAUGCACCCACAGCCUGGCGCUCAGCUCCUGGACGUGGCCGGUGGAACAGGUGACAUUGCUUUCCGUUUCCUCGAGUACAUCCAGUCUCAGCGGGAGCGGCAGAAGCGGAGGGCGGCCCGGUCCAGCCAGACGCCCUCGUGGCAGGACAUUUCUAACGGCUACACCACGGAGGAAGAGCCUCGGGUGUCUAGAGCUGUCGUCUGUGACAUUAACAAGGAGAUGCUGAAAGUGGGCAAGCAGAAAGCCGACAGCGUGGGCAUCAGUGCCGGUCUGUCGUGGGUGGUGGGGGAUGCAGAGGAGCUGCCCUUCGACGAUGACCAGUUUGAUAUUUACACCAUCGCCUUUGGCAUUCGUAACGUCACUCACAUAGAUCAGGCCCUGCAGGAGGCGCUGCGGGUCCUGAAGCCUGGUGGCAGGUUCAUGUGCUUAGAGUUCAGCAAAGUGACAAAUCCAUUACUGGCAAGGCUUUAUGAUGCCUACAGUUUCCAGAUGAUCCCAGUUUUGGGAGAGGUGAUUGCUGGAGACUGGAAGUCUUACCAGUAUCUGGUGGAAAGCAUCCGCAAGUUUCCUGACCAGGAGGAGUUUAAACACAUGAUUGAGGAGACGGGGUUCUACUCUGUGCAGUACUACAACCUCACUGGGGGAGUUGUGGCUCUUCAUUCUGGUUUCAAGCUGUGAGAUGUUCUCCAAAUGGCUCCUACAGACAAUUCAAGAUGUUUAAAAAAAAAAAAAAGGAAAGAAGACUGGCCUCUUGUUUCAGGCCUUUUUGCCUGUGUCACAGACUGUUGGCUGAGUUCUCAGACAUGAAGCUCCUCUGUCCUCCUCUCUGCACAGUUACAGAAGGUCAAAGGUCAGUGGAUAUUAUUUAUUAAAUCAACACCUUAGUGAUCGUUAUGGAAACUAUAAUACAGCUAAAUGACAGGACACUAAAGUGUUUUCACCAUAUUACUGCAGAAGUCAACUGUCAAGAUUGAGUUGAAUAUGAUUUUUUUUUGUAACUUUAGUGUUUUGGCGACAAAUAAUAAAAAAAUAGAUUAUUUCAAA